UUUCAUUUCCUCACACACUAGCCCUUCUCUCUCUAUCCACCACUGGUAUUAGGGUUUUGCAGAGCGAAACCAAAGAAAUGGCGACUCGUCUUUUCACUCGCUCCAUACUCACCACCAAACAAACAAUCACUUCGGUCCUCUCUCGCUCCUACGCCUCUCUUUCUCUAUCCACACCCCCAUCCUCUCUCUCUGCUUCCUAUAUCCUCCGCCUCCGUCCUCUCGUCGCCGCCUCCGCUAGCUUCCGCCAUCUCUCACCGUUGUCAGCUACGAUCCGAGGCUUCUCGACUCGUCAGACGACGUCCUCUCUCAACGAUCAGAACCCUAACUGGUCGAAUCGUCCCCCGAAGGAGACGAUACUGCUCGAUGGUUGCGAUUUCGAGCACUGGCUUAUUGUUAUGGAGAAGCCUGAGGGUGACCCCACCAGAGACGACAUCAUUGAUAGUUAUAUCAAAACCCUAGCUCAAGUUAUCGGAAGCGAGGAAGAAGCAAGGAUGAAAAUCUACUCGGUUUCGACAAAACACUACUGGGCAUUUGGGGCUCUUGUAUCUGAAGAACUUUCAUACAAGAUCAAAGAAUUGCCAAGGGUCAGGUGGGUGCUUCCUGAUUCUUACUUGGAUGUGAAGAAUAAAGACUAUGGAGGUGAACCUUUUAUUAAUGGGCAGGCUGUACCAUAUGACCCCAAGUACCAUGAAGAGUGGGUGAGAAACAACACUCGGGCAAAUGAAAGAAAUAGGCGCAAUGACAGACCUCGUAACUUUGAUCGGUCAAGGAACUUCGAAAGAAGAAGAGAUAAUAUGCAGAAUCGGGGACCCAAUAUGGGAGGAGGGCCACCUGGUAACAUGGGAGGCGCCCCCAAUGCAGGAGGAGGGCCACCUGGUAACAUGGGAGGAGUGCCACCAAAUAACACGGGAGGAGGCGGCCCCAAUAUGCAACCCAAUUACCAAGGAGGCGGCCCCAAUAUGCAACCCAAUUACCAAGGAGGUGGCCCCAAUAGGGGAGGAAUGCCACCCAAUUACCAAGGAGGUGGCCCCAAUAUGGGAGGAAUGCCACCCAGUAACAUGGGAGGAGCACCAAACAUGGGAGGGCAGGGCAAUAACAUGGGAGGGCCACCCAACUGGGGUGGAAUGCAUCACAACAACACAGGUGGAGCGCCCAAUAAUGCACCAAAUUACCAAUACAACAAUGGACCUGGCAAUGAAGGCAUGCCUUACCAAAGCAGGGAAAUGCCUGGUCCUGGGCCAAACAGGGAUUACCAGAAUAGUUAUGCUCCAAACAUGGCUGGUGAAAACCCUCAACAGACUCAGAACAUGCCCGGAAGAGAUAUGCCUCCACCACCAAACUAUCGCUAGGACCACUGUUUGCUAAGGAUGAAAUUUCGUCUAGGACCACUGUUUGCUUAGGAUGAAAUUUCGUAAUUCUAGGACUUAUAAGUAUUCGCUAAUGACUUUCAUAGUAUGAAUGUUCUUUUGGUUUGAUUGACGGUUAAGAAUUGUUGGAUGUGCAUAUGAGCUGGCUUAUGAUUUUAAUGUGGUAACUGUUUAAGUUA